AUGACAGGUGAUCAGAAUAAUAAUAACAUAAAAUGUAAAAUUAAAACAGCAUUACCAAUGUAUUUAGAUAUUUCUAGAGAAACAUUAAUGUGCACUAGAAUAUCAGAUAAAAUUAAUAAUGCAAUUUAUAGAUGUUAUAUAACACCAAAUGAUAUAUUAACUUUAAUAUCAUCCUGCUCAAAUAAUAACAAUAAUAAUAAUAAUGCAAUUGAUUCGAGAUCACAUUUUAUAGUUAUUUAUUUAAAAGAUGAACCAAUAUUAUGUGAAUUUAUAGUAGAACCAAAAUUUAUAGAAAGAACUACUUCAACAACAUCAUCAACAUCAUCACCAAUAAAAUCAUCAUCAUCAACAACAACAUUACCAACUAUUCAAUUAUGGUUUUUAAAAGAACAUAUUGAUAUAUUAAAAUUAGUUAAUGAUCAAAUUACAUUUGUUAAUAUUAUACCAAAAUAUAGUUUACAACCAAUUGAUUAUCUAUACCUUUCAUUAUCAAUAAAUAAUAAUAAUCAUUCAGAUAACUCAAAACAAGAUCAAAUUGAUAUUAAUAAAUUAUUCAAUUUAGAAUGGGCAAGAUCUGGUUUAAAAUCUGGUACACCUUUAUCAAAUAGUAAUGGUUCAAUAAAUUUACUUCAACGUAAUGGAAAAAUUUUAAAUUAUAAUUAUAAUUAUAAUAAUAAUAAUAAUAAUAAUAAUAAUAAUAAUAAUAAUAAUAAUAAUAAUAAUAAUAAUAAUAAUAAUAAUAUAAUUAAUAAAUUUGGUAUAAUAAAUAAUCAAACAAAAAUAAUUUUUAAUAAUAAUAAUAAUAAUAAUAAUAAUAAUAAUAAUAAUAAUAAUAAUAAUAAUAAUAAUAAUAAUAAUAAUAAUAAUAAUAAUAAUAAUAAUAAUGAAGAAUUUUUAAAAACAUUUGAUAAUAAUUGUAGAAUUAAAAUUUUAAAAAUUUUAAAAAUUUAUUUUGGUAAUAAUUUAACAAGUAAAAGAUAUAGUGAAUUAGGAAUUAGUAAACCUAAAUCAUUGUUAUUAUAUGGUCCACAAUCAUGUGGAAAAUCAACAUUGAUAAAUUUAAUAUCAAAACAAAUGGGUAUAAAAAUAUUUCAUAUUAAUUUAUCAGAUUUAGUAAAAUAUCAACCAAAUACAAAAGGAUUAUUAUUAAAAUAUUAUCAAGCAAAACAAAAUACAACAACAAAUUCAAUAUUAUUAUUUGAUAAUAUUGAUGAAAUUUUCCCACAAUUUGAUAAUACUGAUUCUUCAAAUAAAAAUAGUAAUCAACAAAAUAUAAAUCAAUUAAUGAAUUUAUUUUUAAAUUUAUUAAAUAAUGAUAAUGAAAAUAAUGAUAAUGAAAAUAAUAAUAUAUUUAUAAUUGGUAUAACAAAUAAAAUUAAAAUUUUAAAUAAUUUUAUUAGAAGUAAUUUUGAAGAAGAAAUUAGAAUUGAUCCACCAAAUCAAGAAAAAAGAAAACAAAUUUUUAAUUGGAAUUUAAAAGGUUUUGGUGAAAAUAUUGAAAAUAAUUUAAAAAUUAUUGAAAAAAUAAAUGAAAAUUCAAAUGGUUUAAUGGGUGGUGAUAUUACAAUUUUAUGUAGAAAUGCUAAAAUUAAGUCAUUAAAAAGAUAUAAAAUUGAAAAUGAAAAACAAGAUGAUGAUGAGGGGGGGGAGGAAUUAUUAAUUAAAUCAUUUAAUUUAAAUGAUAUUAAAUUUUUAGAAAAUGAUUUUAUUGAGGAAUUUGGCGGACAAUAUAGAAAAGAUAAAACUAUGAUAUCAAAGAUAUCACCAUCGAUACCAAAAGUUUUAUGGAGUGAUAUUGGUGGAUUGGAGGUUGCAAAAGAUGUUUUGAAAGAAAUGGUGGUUUGGGAUUAUCAACAUUCCGACUCAAUUAAAAGGUUAGGUGUUAAAACACCAAAAGGCAUUUUAAUGUAUGGUCCACCAGGCACUGGUAAAACAAUGUUAGCAAAAUGUGUUGCAUUUGAAGCUAAAGCAAAUUUCAUACCUAUAAAUAUCUCUGAGUUAAUUCAAGGUGAAAUUGGUGAAUCUGAAAAAACUCUAUCUGAAAUAUUCAGAAUUGCAAUUAAUUCAUCACCUUCAAUAAUUUUCAUUGAUGAAAUUCAAUCAAUUUUCGGUUUAAAAGAAUCUUCAAAUAAUAGUAGUAAAAAAUUAAUUUCACAAUUAUUAAUUGAAUUAGAUAAUACAAUUGGUAAUAAUGAUGGUGGUAAUAGAGUUAUGAUUUUAGCAGCAACUAAUAUGCCACAAGCUAUUGACCCAUCAUUUCUAAGAAGUGGUAGAUUUGAUAAAACAGUUUAUAUUGGACCACCAGAAGUUGAUGAAAGGAAAUCAAUUUUUGAAACUUUGAUUAAAAAUUCUUCAAUUAAAGUAGAUUCAACUGUUGAUUUAAAUCAAUUGGCAAAAUAUACAAUUAAUUUCACUGGUUCUGAUAUAAAUGCACUUUUAAAGAAAUCUGGUUUAUAUGCUAUUCAACGUGAUAUUAAUGUUACUUCAAUAACAAUGGAUGAUAUAAUGAAAGUUUUUUGGGAAAUGAAACCGUCUGUAUCUCCUGAUCAAAUAUUCCAACUUAAACAAUGGGAAAAAUCUAGAAAAUUAAAAUAA